UUUUAACGCAUAUUUUUUAGGAGGUCCGUCCGGUAGCACUGGAUGGCGUUGACCGACGACGAUGUCUGGGUAGUUCUGAAAUGCAUAGAUCCUGAUGAGUCCAAUCCUAAUGAAGUUGACGAUGAAGUUCAGAUAUCAACGGCGGAUGUUUACAGUUGGAACUUCUCCUCAAUCCUCCAACACAGAAUCCUUAAACUUAAAGCUCACAGAAACAGGCUAAUUGAAAAUUCAUCCUAUUUCCAUGGACUCCUUGGAGGAAACUUCAGGGAUCCAGACGAUGAAGUCUUAAUUCAGUGGAACCGGUCAACAUUUUUGAGUCUUUUGGCUUCAGUGUUUGGUUCUCCUCUGGAUGUCACCUCACAAAAUUUUCUCUCUAUAUUUGAGGGUGCCCUUUAUUUUGGUAUGGAGAUGAUUCUCUCACAAUGUAAGAUGUGGUUAGCAAAGGCGUUAUCGAUGACUGGAGUUCCGUCGGUGCAACUUAAUGACCUUGUCAGUAUAUGGGAAUUUGGGUCUGAACUGUUGGACUAUCUUCGUGAGCUAUGUACAAGCUAUCUUGCAAGGAACUUUGUUUGGGCCUUAUCCUGUCCCUCCUUUGGUGAUGUUCCAUAUGAUUUGCUGCUUUCUACUAUAAAGCAUCCGCAUUUGACUGUUGAUAGUGAAAAACAGCUUUGUGAUCACCUUCUGCUUUGGAUUGAUGCUAACAAGGAAUGUUGUACUGAGGAUCUAUGUAUCACACUUUUGAAGCAGAUUCGUAUUAGCCUUCUACCACUGUGGUUCGCUGCUGGGAAAAACACCUAUCAGUCGUUAUCCAUGUGUUCUAAUGGAAGUUCCUGUGGGGCCCUUACCCUGUUGAAACAACCUCUCACAUGUUUAAGGGGAGACGGUGACUUGCUUAAUCUUAAAAUUCGUUUGACUGAGUUCACUCAGCGAGUGGAUCUUGCAGGAUGUCCACAGAUAACACCAGUGGUUCUUCUCUUGUCGAUGCUUCCAUCUUCGUUUAGCUUGGAACCUCUGACGAGAAAUAAAAUUGUGCAAUUACUCAUCAAUCAUGAAUCUCUUAGGGGAAAUUCAUGUGAGCUGUGGUCAAGGUUGACAUUUGAAGCAGUGCAUGAGAUAGAUAUCUCCAAUUGUCCGAUGCUACAUCUUGAGGACGCUGUUGAGUGCUUUAGUAAGUCAUUUCCAUCGUUGAGAAAGUUGAAGGCGGCUAAUUGUUUGAGAUUCAGGACGAGAAAAUUAUUGCAGCUGCUGGUUGACAGAUGUCCAUUGCUUUGUGAUAUCGACUUAACUGUCGAUGUCAGUCCAGUAAUCAUCACUCAAAUGUCUGUAACUGAAUCAUCAUUUGGCUCCAUUAGUUCUCCUUUGCCUGUGUUAUGUUCUAGACCGUUGCCAUCCAAUAUUACAAAGCUCACACUGGAGGGACUAAUUGAUGUCACUGAUUAUGACCUCCAACGCAUAUCUGAUAUCUGUGUUUCGUUAACUUACAUAAGCCUUAAAGGCUGUAUUUUGGUGAGUGAUGCUGGCAUAUCUUCACUUAUAUGCAGUUGUUUGAAGCUAAACUCAAUUGUGGCAUGUGACACUUGUUUUGGACAACAAUCAAUUCUGGCUCUUUGCUCUUUAAAUGCCUGUUAUGAUCAUGUUGCUGCAAAACAUAGUAAACCGAACAUUCUCCAGGGUUCUAAUCUUCAAAUGCUGCAUAUCGGUGGCUGCAAAGGGAUCAGUAUGAUGUCUUUAUCCAAGCUUAUGUCUCAAGCCUACAUGCUGAAGAAUCUUUGUUUAAGGGACACCGAAGUCGUCGAUGAUUGCCUUUUUAAUCUCGGUGGUUCUUCAUUAGAGGUGCUUGAUGUCUCCAAUACCAAGGUUUCUGCUGCUGCUAUGGCUCAUGUUAUAGGCCAAAAUCCUGGUUUAAAAUGUUUAAAAGCAAGAGGAUGUAAGAAUCUGCUUCAGCAAGGAAGUAAAACCGAAAAUAAAAACCUUUACGUUGAGCUUGGGAAGGUGUGCAAAUUGGAUGAAAUUGGUGUUGGGUGGGGAUUUUCAUUCUUGUCUCUUGAGGGUUUGAAGCCUGCCGUUUCAUUUCUAAAAGCAAUAGAAGUGGGCUUAGGUGGACUUUUGGGCCAUGACGGGCUGAAAUGGCUACCUUUAACGUGUCCCUUACUGGAGUCAAUAGUUCUGUAUUUUCAGGUGAUUUCUGAUGAUCUCAUAGUGAAUAUGUUGGAAUCCCUGCGACACCUAAAAUCAUUGGCAUUAUGCCAUUGUCUUGGUGAGACGUCUUCAUUGAGUUUUAAAGUCAGCAUGCCAAAUUUGAGAAAGUUGAGACUUGAAAGAGUAGCACCUUGGAUGAGAAAUGCUGAUUUGAUUAGUCUGAGUCAGAACUGUGCAAACUUGAUUGAGCUUUCGUUGCUGGGAUGCAGACUUCUGGAUUCAGAAUCGCAAAAGAUCAUUUCAAGAGGUUGGCCAUGUUUGACUUCUGUUCAUCUAGAGGAAUGUGGACAAGUGACGAGUAACGGUGUUGAGGCUCUUUUUGACUGCCAUGCCCUUGAAGAUGUAUUGUUGCGCCACAAUGGUUCUGGGAUCCAGAAAGGCUUUAUUGGUGAUGCAGUCACCAAGCUGCCGAUGCUUCGAAAAUUGUCGCUUGAUAUAUGUGAUGCAAAAUACGGAGAGUUUGACAUUCCAGAGUUGGAUGAUAGACACUUGUUAAACCAUGUGAAAAUAGCAAGAUGUAAAUCUCGGAAUGUUGGGGCGUCGGUACACAGGGAAACUUUGGUACUCAUGUGGGAUGGCAAACAGAUUAUCAGAACCCUAGUCAAGGAAAGAGUCUAGCAUUUCAGGCUUUCAGCAAGAAAAGCAUGAUGUGGAAAAUAUAGCCGUCAUUUCUCACAGUUUGAUGUGUGCUAGCAUCAAAAUUAAAUUGUAUUUUGGUGCAAUUAAUUAAUUAAUUAAUUAAUUUAUGAAGUAGGUUCCUUACAAGAGCUGUGCCUUUUAGGAUUGUUCACCCCCCAAAACAAACAAAUCUAAGCCAAAUAUGUAAUUUAAAAUUAGUAAACGUAGGUUACUUCCUGACCGAACCAUGUUCACGGUAUGUGGUCUUUGUGUUCACAUUCUCAUUACAUUUGUCAUAUGUUCACAAUGUGCUUUUGACGAUUUUCACAGUU